AACUGCCACCUAGGGGUUCCGCUUGGCUCAGCCGAUCAUUGAGUGUCUGAUGUUCAACACCUUGCGCUCUUUAUCCCCGAGAUUUACGUCGAAGUGACGACAUCUCCAUCUCUCGCGAUAUAUCCUCGAAUUAUCCCAUCUACCCCGAGGCCACCCCUCACUUCGCUCCACAACCCUCCCCCGCUAUGACCGGCAGACGGCAUGGGGUUCGUCUCCCCGACAUCGUCGCCGUCGACAGCGCCAACGACGGCACCGGCACCGGCACAGGCGCCGACUCUGGCACAGGCACCGAACAACAGGGCCAAUACCUCUCGCUGCCCAGCUCCCCGACCAAUGUCCGUAGACAACGACCCGGCAUGAGCAGGAGGCCGUCCACCAACGAACCGAUAGACGAGCGCUCGCCUCUCCUCGGCGCGUCGCGACCGUCGCGCAUCCGCAUCCACAGCGCCCAUGGCUCGCCCAGGGUGCCCCUCCUGUCGAGGAACCAGAGUUAUGCGGACAGCGUAAGAAGCAUCCGUCACCACAGCCGCGCCAACUCGUGGGGCACGCGCCUGAUACACGCCCUAUCGGACCGCCAGGAGUCGUCCAUGGCGGAUUCCAAGGGCUCCCUCUACCCCGACGACCGCGUGUGGUACGACCAGUUCACCUCCACCGACUGGGUCCACGACAGCAUCGCCGACGCUUAUCGGGUCAAGGCCCUGCGGAGUCGCAAGGACUUUUGGGGCCGCAUCUACGUGCUGCUCGACGGCGCCCAGGGGUGGCUGCUGAGCGCCCUCGUGGGGUUCAUCGUCGCCGUGCUGGCGUAUGUGGUCAACGUGAGCGAGGCAACCGUGUUCGAUCUCAAGGAUGGGUAUUGCCAGAAGGGGUGGCUGAUAAAUGAGAAGAAAUGCUGCCCUCACGGCCCCUGUACGGACUGGCGGGACUGGGGUGAGGUCCUUCAGGGGUUCCCGUUCGGCCGGAGGUGGACAGAGUACGGCGUGUACAUCAUUGCCGUCAUCACCCUGGCGAGCUUGUCGUGUCUUCUCAGUCUCACCACCAAGACGGUUGUUCCUUCGGCCUAUCGACUGACCACGUUGGACGAGAACCUUGCCGCCGAGGCUCCCGCCCCUCCACCCGAGGAUGCGAAUGGAACCAAUGCUAGCCUCCGACCGACACCUGGAAAGACCGAGCAGGCGCCAAUGAUUUACUACUCGGCUGCCGGCAGCGGUGUCGCCGAAGUUCGUGUCAUUCUCAGUGGCUUCGUGCUACACGGUUUCCUAGGUCUCAAGACCCUAAUCAUCAAGACGCUUGGUCUGAUUCUCAGCGUGGCCUCUGGUCUCAGCUUGGGCAAGGAAGGCCCUUACGUCCACAUUGCAACCUGCGUCGGCAACAUCGCCUGCCGCCUCUUUACCAAGUACGACCGCAACGACGCUAAGAGGCGCGAGGUCCUCUCGGCAGCGGCAGCGGCAGGUGUCGCCGUGGCGUUCGGCGCCCCGCUCGGCGGCGUGCUCUUCGGCUUGGAGGAGGUGGCCUACUUCUUCCCGGCCAAGACGCUCUUCCGCACUUUCUUCUGCUGCAUCACGGCCGCACUGACACUCAAGUUCUUGAACCCCUACGGGACGCACAAGAUUGUCAUGUUCCAGGUGCGCUACCUCGUCGACUGGGAGUACUUUGAGAUCGUCAGCUUUAUUUUGGUUGGCGUUUUCGGCGGCGCUGCUGGUGCCCUGUUCAUCAAGGCUUCCCGCCACUGGGCCAAGACGUUCCGCCGGAUUCCCGCCAUCAAGGCGUAUCCCCUUCUUGAGGUGGUGCUGGUUGCCCUGGUCACGGGCUUGAUUGGGUACUGGAAUACCUUGACCAAGCUUCCCGUCGCCAAGCUGCUGUACAACCUUGCCGCGCCGUGCGACGACCGUGAUAACAACCUGGAGGAUUUGGGAUUGUGUCCGGAGGAGAUUGGGGACAUCCCGCCCAUCCUGCUGAACCUGCUCACCGCGUUCUUGAUCAAGGGGUUUCUGACUAUUAUCACCUUUGGCAUCAAACUCCCAGCUGGUAUCUACGUGCCGUCCAUGGUGGUCGGCGGUCUCAUGGGCCGCCUGGUUGGACACGUCGUUCAGUGGGUGGUCAUGGCCACGCCUGAUUGGGGUGUCUGGGGCACCUGCGGCAAGAUACCGAAUGCCACCUGCAUCCAGCCCGGCGUGUACGGCCUCAUUGCUGCCGGUUCAACCAUGUGCGGUGUCACCCGCUUGUCUGUCACCCUCGCGGUUAUCUUGUUCGAGCUCACCGGGAGUCUGGACUAUGUCUUGCCGUUCUCCCUAGCCAUCCUGGUCGCCAAGUGGACAGCCGACGCCAUCGAGCCGCUCAGCAUCUACGACCUCCUCACGGAAAUGAACUCGUACCCCUACCUCAACAACAAGCACAAGCCCAUCUUCACCUCGGACCUCGCCGACAUCGUCCCGCGCGUGCGCAAGGAGCGCAUCAUCGACAUCAGCACCUCGCCCGUGGUCCCCGCCCUCAGCCUGCGCGCCAAGCUCGAGCUGCUGCACAAGGCCGGCGAGCUCGACGGCGGCCUGCCCAUCGUGCGCGACGGCAUCCUCGUCGGCCUCAUCCCCGCCCCGGACCUCGAGUACGCCCUCGACAACCUGCGCGACGAGCCGUCGAGUCUGUGCCUCAUGGCCCCCGUGCCCAGUAUCGAUGAUUCGGAUGACGGGCUGCCGGAUCCGACGGAUUUUACGCCGUUUAUUGAUCCCGCGCCGGUGGCGCUGGAUAUCAGGUCGCCGAUGGAUCUGGUGUAUGAGUGUUUUGUGAAGCUGGGGUUGCGGUAUAUUUGUGUGUUGAGGGAUGGGCGGUAUGCGGGGAUGACGCACAAGAAGACGUUUGUCAAGUACAUGCGCGAGCUGGAGGAGAAGGAGGGCCACAUGUGAUGAUGUGGGUUCGUUUCGUUUGAUGGUGGCGGUGGGUACGAUAGGAGAGUAAGGUAGGUAGGUAUACUUGGAGGAGGGAGGGGGAGGAAGCGUUUCUGGAGAGGGGGUUUGGUUUGAUGGUGCAUACUAUAUAGAACUGCUGCGCUGCGUUU